CGUCAUACUCGGAAGCAGCGACAACAAAUCAUAUUGAUCAACACUGACCUCCAAUAAAGAUUAGACUGCGAUCUCACAUCUAUCAUCGCAUAUUCAUUUCAAGAUGGAUACCGCCACGAAUUUCACUGAAGGCACGCUCAAGACCCCCGAUGGCAUCGAGCUCUACACCAAAACCUGGAACACCAGCGUCCCAGCCAAAGCCCGCCUAGUCUUCAUCCACGGCUUCUCCGACCACUGCAAUUUCUACGGCGACCUCUUCCGCUCGCUCUCCGAGCAAGGCAUCAUCGUGCACUCCUUCGACCAGCGGGGCUGGGGCCGCAGCGUCCACCAGACCUCGCAACGCGGCCAGACCGGCCCGACCACCCAAGUGCUCGCCGACAUCACCCACUUCAUCCGGAACCUGCCCGCCUCGUCACUCCCGCUGUUCCUGAUGGGCCACAGCAUGGGUGGCGCGGAAACGCUCGUGUACGCCGCGCAGGGCCCCUCCGAGAUCACCAAGACCAUCCGGGGCUACCUCGUCGAGAGCCCGUUCAUCGCGCUGCACCCGGAUGCCCGGCCCUGGCGGCUUACGGUCACCCUCGGCCGCUUCGCGUCGAAACUCUUGCCGAACAUGCCCAUGUUGAACAAACUCGACGCGAGCAAAGUCUGCCGGGACCCGGAGGUGGUGCGCGUGUGGCAGGACGACGCCCUCUGCCACGACACCGGGACAUUGGCCGGGUUGGCGGGCAUGUUGGACCGCGCGGGGGAUCUCGAGGAUGGGAAGGUGGUGGUCGGGGAGGGUUUGGGCGAGGGCGGACGGACGAGGUUGUGGGUGGGCCACGGCACGGCGGAUGCGAUUUGUGGGUUCGAGGCGUGUGAGAAGUUCUACAAGGCGUUGAAGGUGGAAGAUAAGGAAUUCAGGAAGUAUGAGGGUUGGUAUCAUAAGCUUCACUCGGAGCCCGGUGAGGAUAAGGUUACCUUUGCGAGGGAUGUGGCGAGGUGGAUUUUGGAUCGGAGCGGUGAGUUGACGAUUGGAAAGCCGAAGUUGUAGUUUUGUAUCUGUGAUGAUGUCGACAAUAAUGAAAUGCCAUGUAUUCCUGUGCAGAACUA